AACCUAAAACAGUCCCGCCCACUGGUGGAUAACUUCUGUGUUAAACACAGCUGCAAGCCACUCAGUGGGAGGUCAUCCACUGAAGGAGACACGCGGGACGGCCGUAAUUUAUGUGCUGCAGUGGAGAUGCUGUAAUCCGGAGACAAGCGCUCUCAGAAACUUUCUCACUCUAAAAGCGUCCACGCAGCCACGAUGUGGAAACCUGUGUGGGUAUCAAAAGGCCUCCUCGGCUCCGUGGGACCUCGCGCUGCUGCCGCUGCGAUCACCUGUCUGCUGGUGACCGGGAUGCUGGUAGUGACUGGCGGACACCCGAGCUGCAGAGUCCCGGAGGAGCUUCCAGCCGCCGGUACGGGCGGAAAAGUUUUCUCGGCGUAUUUCAGCAAACUGACCCGGGAGAGAAGAGCGGUGAGCGGCCCCCCGCGGAGCAGCGAUCCAACCGGACCGGUGGAGCAUCUCUCCCCGGCUGAUCUGUUCAUAGCGGUGAAAACCACCGGCAGGUAUCACCGGCAGAGACUGGAGCUUCUUUUGGACACCUGGAUCUCCAGGAACAUGCCACAGACGUACGUGUUCACUGAUGGAGAGGAUGAGAAGCUGAGGAAAAGAAUAGGAGCUCACCUGAUCAACACCAACUGCUCGCAGGCACACAAUCGCCAGGCGCUGUCCUGUAAAAUGUCUCUGGAGUAUGACGCUUUUAUCAGCUCUGGGAAGAAGUGGUUCUGUCACGUUGAUGAUGAUAACUACCUGAACACAGGCUCCCUGCUGAAACUCUUAUCUCAGUACAGCCACACACAGGACGUUUACAUUGGGCGGCCCAGCCUCGAGCGACCGAUAGAGGCCACGGAGAGGCCCGGCACUGACGAAAUGAAGCAAGUGCGUUUCUGGUUCGCCACCGGAGGAGCGGGGUUCUGUCUGAGCCGUGGCCUCUCCCUGAAGAUGAAGCCUUGGGCAAGCGAUGGCACUUUCAUGACCACAGCUGAGCACAUCCGCCUCCCCGACGACUGCACGGUUGGUUACAUCGUGGAGGCGCUGCUCGGCGUGAGCCUCAUCCGCUCAGGGCUGUUUCACUCCCACCUGGAGAAUCUGGGACUGGUGUCAGACAUACACAACCAGGUCACUCUCAGCUACGGCACAGUGGACAACAGCAGGAACAUUGUUAAUGUGAAAGGCCCGUUUUCUAUAGAAGAAGAUCCCACCAGAUUUAGGUCUGUCCAUUGUCUGCUGUACCCAGACACUCCUUGGUGCCCCGGCCCCUGGCGACUUUAACACCCAUCUAGAGACAAAAGAGGGAGGAAGGGAUGGACCGAUGGGGGAGAAAACGUAAAUAUCUGCCGAGUCCCGCCGCUCCUGACUCCGGAGAAUGUCUCGAGGCAGUUGGGAGAUUUGUGUUUGCCUCUCAACAACUCAACUAGAAGACAGGCUUAUUAGGACACUUGAACUCUGACCCUGUGUGUAAAAGUCACGUUUCUUUUACAUGGAAAACUGAUGGCGAAUGUCUUUUUUUUUGUUUUUAAUAUGUAGCUUAUUUCUUUUUUCUUUUCUUUUUUAACUUUAAUCAUACAUGAUCAAAUGUAGACUGUCCACUUUUUUGAGUGUUGCUGCUGCCUUUGGACAGCUCCAUCCUGUAGGUUUCCAUCAUUUUUCCAGUCUUUUUGCUAAGCCGUGCUAACUGACGGCUUAUUGUGCCUUCAUACUCACAAUGCUGACCCCGACAGUAUGAAUUUUAUUUAUCCGACUCUGCAAUAAUGCAAAAGGCCUUCAAAAUGUCAAAGUCAAAGAUGAUUUUCUCCUGCAAGCAGGGCUGUUUAAAGUCUGUAUGUUUGUCUGACUACAUGGAUUUAUGACACAUUUUAUGAUCAUAACAUCGCAUUCAUCCUCUGAGAACAGGGAAUGCCAACGCCAGCUUACUCAUAGCAAACUCUCAGAUGUUUUAGUUUCAAGUUUAUCAGGCCUGGAGCGAUGAUUCAGGCACGCACCUCAAGGCUUGAACUUUUGCCAACAUCACCCGGGGAAGCUGCAGUCGGAUCGGCUGAUCUUUAGCAUGCCGGUUCACGAACACGAGAGUCUGUGUGAUGUGUGAUUGCGCCUGUGGAAGAAUGCCGAGCAGGUAUUAGUCUAUUGAAGUCACGAUGAGUCAUGUGUGCUGGUUUCUGCACGCUCUGAGGCGGAUUUUCUCCUGCUGCGUGCUACACGAGAAAGGGCAAAUUUGGACAAUGUGUCGAUCUGAUUUCACCAGUGUUAUCUGGAGUUUGUGUGCAAGAUAUGACACAGUCUGAAUGUAGAGAGAUGCUCUGUACCAGUAGCACCGCUCCAUUAGAACUUUUAUAGAAGUUGGCCCCACUUGGAUCCAAACUGCUGCGUAGUGGAGCCUGUCCUGCUUUCCUUUGAGCAUCCUCUCUCUUCUUUCUCUGCUGUAAAAAAUCUCUUGAAUGUAUAUGACUGUAUUUCCCCAUCAUGAAGAAAAAAAAAAAUGUCCAUAGUGUUAAACAAUGUGGAUUUUUUUUUGUUUGAUGAAAAAAAAACAACAAAACAGAGUUCAACAUUAACCCCAUUCUUGGGUGUGUAUAUAUUUUAGAACUGCACGUUUUUCUCUUAUUUUUGCUGUUUGCAAUUUGUCAUUUGAUUAAAAGCCUAAAAGGAACAGUCUGACAUUUUGGGGAAAUGAUUUUUUUCUCUUGUUUGUGCCUGGUUACUCUGUGGUAUGAUGUAAUGUCAGUCUUCUCAUUUAAUUCUCCAAGAAUACAAUCAGAUUUCCCAAAAUGUCAAACUGUCCUUUAUUCCUGAUACAAAACCUUCUUUGUAAAGGUUGUUAUUGAUGCAAAUGGAAGGAUUAUGACUGCACUGCUUCUAAAAUGUUUUUGUUUUUGAGCAUCGACUCAUGUUGAGUUGUCUUGAUGUCUUUCUGUGUGUUGAAAGCAGUUUGUGCAAUUAAUAAAAGUCCACCCCUGCCCCUCCCCACAUGAAUGUAUAUAUGAUAACUGUUGCUCCUGAAGCAGAAAGGCUCUCUCCAGUAUCUGGACUAUAUGGUUAUAAUAAAAGUGUUUUAUCAGCUA